GCUUAUGGUUUCACUCAUUUCUGCAUGAGAAGCCUGGGAAAUAAUGCCUCCUCUUCAUAUUUCCAUGAACUACACUUACAGUGAUCUACGUGAAGGAUAUACGGGAACCUAUCCUAAUAAUUCAAGCAACUCCAAUUACUGAGAGCACAUUUAAAUGUGGCCCAUAUGCAGGAAUCCAGACAGUUUCCAGAUGCUACAUAGCUGCAGGGCCCAUUUCAUUGGGCAAAAAAUGCAUGCAACACUGCCAUGUGAUUGCUAGCAGCCCUCCUUGAGCUGAGAACAUUUCUCUCUUGAGAAAAUCAACAAAACUGAAAGUUGUAAGCAACAGCAAGCAGAAGGAGACUGAGCGCACCAGAAGGCACACCAGCUGAGAAAGACAGAGAGCACCCACACCGGACAAUGAAUUUUUCUGAGAAGAUGCUAAAUAACAGCUCCACUAACAGCUCAUUCAACUGUCAUGUGGAUGCCUUCAAGCAAGUCAUUUAUCCCAUGACGUACCUCUUAAUCUUCUUCCUCGGCAGUGUUGGAAAUAGCCUCUCCAUUUAUGUUUUCCUCCAGCCUUCCCAGAGAAAGACCUCGGUAAACAUUUACAUGCAGAACUUGGCAGUUUCGGAUCUCAUGUUUGUGAGCACUUUGCCCUUCCGAGCCACCUAUUAUCUGUUGGGAUCACAGUGGGUGUUUGGUGAUAUCCUCUGCAGGAUCAUGACGUACACCAUGUAUGUGAACAUGUACUGCAGCAUUUAUUUUCUCACUGUGCUCAGUGUGGUUCGUUUCACGGCUAUCGUCUACCCAUUCAAGAGCUGGAAAGUAACCAACAUGAAGUAUGCCAAGAUAACGUGCGCAGUGAUAUGGCUCUUUGUUCUGGCUGCCUCCAGCCCUCUGCUGAGCAAAGUAAUUGCCGGGUACCAAAACCCAGACAAGUGCUUGGACCUCCACCCCAGCAGUACGCAGAACCUCCUCAUGAUGAACAGCUUUGUCCUUGUUGUGGGCUUCAUCUUGCCUUUUUGCACAAUUAUCGUCUGCUACAUCUUUGCCAUCAGAGCGCUGCUCAAGUCCAGGACUCCCCAGCGCAAGAAGGCAGUCUGCCACAAGAAAGCACUGUCAACCAUCAUUAUCACUCUCAUCCUCUUCCUCCUGUGCUUCCUGCCGUACCACAUACUGAGGACGGUCUACCUGGUGCUUGGUGGAUGCAGCCCGGCCAAUCUGUUUGUGCACAAAGCUCAGGUGGUCUCGCUCUGCCUUGCUGCCACCAACAGCUGCCUCGACCCUGUGCUAUAUUACUUCGCUGCUGAAAAUUUCAAAGCAAGAAUCAGAAGUUUAUACCGAAGGUAGCUCGUGCGGAAUUGCAGUAUUACAUAACUGCACUCCUGGCAAGACAUCUAGACUGGAUCCAUACUAUGUGAUGAAAGAGGCUACGUGGUGCUGACCACCUCAUAGCCAUACUGCUCUUUGCCAGGACCCUUGGGAACAAAAGUGACUGGGAUAAAGUUCAGUGGGGAUGGUCAAUACCAAGACAGGAGCUUAGCAGCGUGGGUGAUUGGAGGUCAGGUGCCUGGGUGUGAUCAGUGGUCCACUUCUAUUGAACACUUGAUGCACUUGAAAUACCCACCCUCCUCACAACAAGGGAACAAAAGGGAUUUGCCUUGCUACUGGAGUGCAUUUCUUUCAUUUCACAAUACACAGACAUUGAUUUGAAGGGAAACUGCUCUUAUGAGAGUCUCUCUGCUCUCAAUUUAUCUGUGUGCAUGUAAAAGUGCCUGUCUUAGAUGCUGUACCACCCAACAGCUUCAUAGUCCCCUGCCAGCUCUCUCUUUGAAUUCUGGCCAGAAGUUUAUAUUUCAUAGAACUAUAAACAGUGAAGAUACUAUCUACUGUGGCUGACUGCGUAAAGCAAGAAGAGAGUCAAACAAAACCCACGAUAGCUCAGACUGUUUAGAAAGCAUUAACAUUUCUAAAUACACCCCUCUGAGGAGACCACUGAAGUAUUUUGCAUAAUAUUUCACUGAUGACCAAGUGAGAUGACAAUUUCCAGCAAACAGUAUGAGUACUGAGAUGACAUGAAUGAUGUGAUGAUUAGCAGUGAGAGCAGGAUGGGGGCUGGCACAGAGUUGGAGGACCAGAGGUUUGGCAGCUCAUCUCCUUGAAGGGAUCAAGAGGCAAACUACAAUUAUUUAGGCAAUGGGGAGCUACACCUAUGCAUACUUCGGAAAAUGUCACAAAAUUGCUGUCAGCAUUUUUAAGUCCCUAUUUUCUAACAUAUUUCCUGCAAAUCAAAACAGUUGCAAUUAAGUGAAAACAGGGUCCAAACUCUGUUUGACCACACUGAAUGUUGAAUUAAAAAAUACAAAGAUGAGAAAGUUCUUCACAUUUUCCAGGAGAAUAGCCUCUUGUGUGAGACCUUCAGCAAUGCUGAGGCCCUCCCUCCUUGUGAAAUCCACCCAAAGGAAGGUUUCUGACACUGAAGGUGCUUUCUCAAUGCUCUGAACUUUGUUGGAGAAAACACUCAAUAGACUGAAUGUUAUUACUACCAAGCAAAAAUAACUCUAACUAGCUAUUUUCAGCUCUGUCCCAAAUUCGCAGAAAACAAAUCAUUGCUGGUCAGGUGGAAAAGUACUUGGCAUGUCAUUGGGAAAAUCACACUUCUCUUAGCUAUGUAAGUGUUGUGUUGAAUUGAAGAGGCAAUGUGUUUUAGUCAUUUUGUUCUGUCUUUGAUGUAAGCACAACAUUUUAUCAUUAAAUCUUAGUAAUGUUCAUGUUCCAAACCCUUAAUUCGAUACCUCAAAUUGGCUUAUGUGUCUUAGAGUUGACCUGCUGAAGCCAUUUAAACACCUGCAGUGCUGAGUCCCAUGAUCUUGAAGGAAUAGGGAGUAAUGCCACUGAACUGCAAUGGCUGCAGGAUCGAGUUGGGAGCUUGUGCAAAGAGAGAGCAGACAAAUAAAUAGAAGGAAAGGGGGCAGCCUCUUUUUCUACAGUUUUCCCUUGUCAAGAGUAAUCCUGAGCAGGAACAAGGGAAAUCUCAGAGCCUCUGGUGAGGCAUUGUACACCUUAAAUGCUAUGAGGGAAUGGAAAGUAAUAAGAGAGGUGGUUAUCCUCAACCCAAUCUCACUAAUGCGUUUGCAACUAUGCCUAUCCAAAUGUACCCUAUUAGUGGAUCACUUUGCAUCUAAAGGAUAAUUAUAUCCCACUGUUUUUUGCAUAGACUAUGAUACAACUUCGUUAGCAAUUGAAUGAACUGUCAAAACCAAGUUUCAAUAAAUUAGAUUUACUAUUUGCCUAAGUUAUGCUUUGUAUUGAUUGCACAGCUAACAAAGAGUGCAGGGGGAGAAAGACAAAGAUGUGGAGAUUGAAUUUUUGUUAAAUGGGCUAUCAUUUCACAAGGAAGAAAUGUCUUUGAUUGUGUGAGAGCAUCC